AGCUCCUCCACCACCCAUGGCGGACCGCGUCCACCCCGCGCCGCUUCUUCCGGUCUCCACCCCUCCGCCGGACACCAACCCCGACGCGUCCGCGGAGACCGCGCCGCUGCGGCGCCCGACGACGCCAUCGCCACCGCUGGCGCCGCCGCCGGGCACGUCGUACAUCGUGCACGUGCCCAAGGACCAGGUGCUCCGCGUGCCGCCCCCGGACCGCGCGAGCAGGUACACCAAGCUCGCCGCGCGCCCGGCCAGGCGCCGCCGCCUCCUCCGCCGCGCCUGCUGCGGAGCCUGCUGCGCGCUCCUCCUCCUGCUCGUCCUCGCCGCGGCCUUCGUCGGCGCGGCCUACCUCGUCUUCCGGCCCCGGGCGCCCGCCUUCUCCGUCGCCUCCCUCUCCCUCGACGCCGCCGCCCUCCUCCUCGGCGGCGGCGCCUCCCCGCCCGUGCGGAUCGACGCCGCCGUGCGCGCGGACAACGCCGCCAACCGCAAGGUCGGGGUCGACUACCGCGGCGGUGGCGAGGUCGCCGUCUCCUACUCCGGCGUCCGGCUCGCCGAGGGCCGCUGGCCGGCCUUCUACCAGGCGCCGCGGAACGUGACGGUGGUGGCGAUGCCGCUGACGGGCGGGGGGAACGGCGGCGUGGCGCUGCUCACGGCCGAGCAGAGGGCGAGCCUGCUGGUGGAGGCGGAGGCGGGCGCCGUGCCGCUCACGGUGGAGGCGAGGGUGCCCGUGCGGGUCAGGCUCGGCAAGGUGCUGCGGACGUGGACGGUCGACGUGUGGGCGCGCUGCGAGGUGACGGUCGACAAGCUCGCCGGCCAGGCGAAGGCCGCCAACAAGGGGUGCACGGUCAAGGUCAAGCCGCUCUGGUGGUGGUGGUGA